AUGGAGGCAUGGAGCCUGAGCAGCCAUCUGGUAGAGGAAGAGGGGGCGGGAGAAGAGGUGCACGAGGGUGGCCGUGAAAGAGGAGGUUUCAGUGGUCCUCCACCUAACUAUGAAUCUCAGCAUGAUGAGGGAGACUACAAAUACAAUGCUCCUCAACAGGAUCAUGGAUACGAUGCUCCUCCUCAGUCAACAUGA